AUGUCGGAUAAUGGGCUUCCCUCAUCUUUUUUGAAUGAUGUUGAUUUGCAGUGCUCACUGUUCCCCGACCUACCUGAUUUAACGAACGAUGAUGGGCUGGCGCUGAGCCCACUGGAUCGCUGGAAGAACUCCCCACCAGAGACAGAAGCUGUUGAACUGAGUGAUAUAGUGAACUCUAUCAGACUCAGCAACAGCCAAGGAACAUUUCCGAUGCGACAAAAUUCUCAAGUGGCAACUUUUUCACAACGCGGUCAUCGACGAUCUCACCGGUCAACAUCAUCAGUUGCUGCGCCCGACUCAAUCAGGUCUAGUGGCUCGAGCAGCUCAGCGUCAUCAGCCCACAGCUUUGUGUCGAACCUAUCAGGCUCCUUUGGAAGAUUUUACGCGGGAGUACCAACACGGCGCCGGCGCAGACGCCAACGUAAGAAGUCACCUGAGUCUCAUGGUCGUACUCAAUCACCAGGACGGCUUUACCAAUGCACGUUUUGCACAGACACGUUCAAGUCAAAACAUGACUGGGUAAGACAUGAGAAGAGCUUGCAUCUGUCGUUGGAAAGUUGGACUUGUGCGCCAUUCGGACCGACCUAUGCGAUUGAAGGUACGACUCUAUUAAGAUGCGUCUAUUGCGAUAUAGAGAACCCAUCCGACACCCAUGUUCGUGACCAUCGUUUCUGGGAAUGCCAGCAAAAGCCAUCCGUCCUUCGAACAUUUUAUCGAAAAGACCAUCUUAUCCAGCACCUGCGCUUGGUGCAUGGAACCGAGAACGGUAUUUCUCGGGCGGAAACAUGGAGGUCAGAAGUGACACAUGUUAAUUCACGAUGUGGCUUUUGCAAGGAAACUUUUACUCGGUGGACGGACCGGAAUAAUCACCUUGCAGCCCAUUUUCGGGAGGGUCUCCUCAUGAAGGACUGGAAAGGUUGUCGCGGUCUUGAUCCUGCGGUAGCCCUUGCCGUAGAGAAUGCCAUGCCGCCCUAUCUCAUUGGUGCUGAAUCUACUGGCAUCAAUCCUUUCAGUGCUUCAACGCGAUGUCCAAAUCCGCGUAAUGACAUCUAUCGGAGUUCCGAGAAUGAGUCGCUGCAAAAAGGAUAUAUCCAGCCAACUCCAUUCGAACAGUUGACAGAACGCUUGAUUCGCUUUGUACGAGAAAGACAGGCGAUUGGAGUUCCUAUAACCGAUGACUCUAUCCAACAUGAAGCACGCUGUUUUGUCUACGGCGAUGAAGAUCCGUGGAAUCAAACUGCAGCAGAUAAUGCAGACUGGCUGAAAUUGUUUAAAGUUGGAAUGGGCUUGGGUCAAUCUUUGUCCACAGCGACUAACGAGGCGGCCGCGGUCUCGCCAAAGCCAUCGUUUCCACUCCCAUGGACAACAAACACAACGGGUAGCAACGAGCCACAGAGCCCACCUAAAGCUUGUGUCCACGUUGCACCGCCGGUCGACCCGUGGGUGCCUUGGGCCUGGCAAAGCCCUGAAUGCCUUGCAGAAUUCCGCAGGUCUAAUGAUCCUUCAUGA